AUGGCUGGCAACCGCGUGGCGCACAGUGCGCGCGCUGGAAUGGAAUGCAAAGGGACCACGCGGGAGACGCGUCUCGGCAGCGCUCCCUGCACCAACCCCACCUCACCCACCCCCGCCUCAAAGGGGAAAGGGCCAGGAGCGCGAGGUGACCACACGGACAAAGAACGCGAUAUGACCACAGGUGCGAGCAAAGCCAGUGAGAAGUUGCCAGGUGACUACUUCUGGUACAAGGGCAUUCCCUUCCCCUUGGGCAUUUACUCACCUGAGAGCAUCAGCAUCGCAGAGAAUUUCCCCGAUGUGAGGGAAGAUGACAUCUUCAUCGUCACCUACCCCAAGUCAGGCACCAACUGGAUGAUUGAGAUUGUCAGCUUAAUCCUAAAGGAUGGGGAUCCCUCCUGGAUCCGCUCUGUGCCCAUCUGGGAGCGGGCACCUUGGUGUGAGACUAUCAUGGGCGCUUUCAGCCUCCCGGACCAGCCUAUCCCCCGCCUCCGGAGCUCACACCUCCCCAUCCAGCUCUUCACCAAGGCCUUCUUCAACUCCAAGGCCAAGGUGAUCUACUUGAGCCGGAACCCCCGGGAUGUGGCUGUCUCCCUCUAUUAUUAUUCCAAGAUCGCAGGACAGUUGAAGGACCCCGGCAAGCCCGAUCAGUUUCUGCAGGACUUCCUCAACGGUGAAGUGCAAUUCGGCUCCUGGUUUGACCACAUUAAAGGCUGGAUUCGGAUGCAGGGCAAAGAGAAUUUCCUAUUUAUCACCUAUGAGGAGCUGCAUCAGGACCUCCUUGGCUCAGUGAAGCGAGUCUCUGAGUUCCUGGGUCGGCCGCUAGACUCCGAGGCGCUGAGCUCAGUCGUGGCGCAUUCGGCCUUCGGCGCCAUGAAGGCCAACACCAUGUCCAACUACACGCUGCUGCCCCCCAACCUGCUGGACAACCGCCAAGGGGCCUUCCUCCGGAAAGGGGUCUGUGGCGACUGGAAGAACUACUUCACAGUGGCUCAGAGCGAAACCUUCGACCGUGUCUACCGCGAGCAGAUGCAAGGGCAGCCGACCUUCCCCUGGGACAAGGCCUCGAAGGACACCAGCCCGGAUCCCGACUCCUGCCCCAAACUUAGCCAAGUCCCCGAAAGUCCCGAUCCGUGA